GAUGGCACUUUUUUCUUUUUUUUUUAAGAAAAGAUUAUAAAUGCACCCACUCAGUUCUGCAUGUCCGUGAAUGCAAAUUUAAACUUUCACGCGGUCAAACAGAGACAGAAAGCUGCUGUGGCCAUUUUAUUUAUUUCAUUUAUUUUGUUGCUACAUUGAAGAAAAAAUGUCCACUGUGAAUGAAUGGCUGUGCGACAACCUGUUUGUAAACAACGCUGAAAAAAAAACAUCUAUUUUGGCUCCUCUGCUUCACUCCACAUUUAGUGGAAAUAAUCGAAGUGUUUCGACCCCUGUAGCUUCUGGCUUAGCUACUGAAGGGAGGUGGGGAGGUAUUGUGAAGAAAAAGAGGGAUCGGACUGUUUGGGGAAUUUUUACACUAUUUUUACAAAGUAAACGUACAUACAGAUGCAUACAGAUUGUCCUAUUGGACUGUUUUAAAAAGGCAGAGCCCCCCUCCACCCCACUACCUUGCCUGGGUCUAAGAAGGUCAUCCGUGCUGUCACUCACCAACAGCCCCCGCCUCCUUCCCCCGCCUUUACGCUUCUGCUCCCUUUGUGCACUUUUGGGACGGUCCCUAAGCCUUUUGCCUGUCAACAGAGCUAGUUGUAAGGUUGAGCAGUCAAAGCAGCAGUGUGUGUGUGUGAGAGAGAGAGAGAGAGAGAGGGAAAGGGAGAGGGAGAGGGAGAGGGAAAAAACGAGAGAGAGAGACACACACAGAGGGAGAGAGAGAGAGGGAGACACAGAGGGAGAGAGACAGUGAGAGAGGGAGAGAGAGAGAGAGAGAGGCUGUGGCGGUAACCGUGUGGAGCAGCUCCAGACGACGAAGCCGCGCGCUCGGAACACUCGCGCAGAAACGGAACACUCGCGCAGAAACGGAACACUCUCAUCCCGCCAAAUUACCUUCCCGCCACCAGGGCCUUCCGCCCAAGGCUCCACCCUGGCACAUCUCUAGUCUCAGCGUGGGGCAGGGGGGGUGGGACAAGAGGAGUGGGGUGCAUUCGGUCAAAAGGAAAAAAUAUAUUUUAAAAAGGGGGGGAGGGAGGGGGGGGGGGUCAUUUUGUGUUCAGACAGUGGAAGAGAAGAGGGAUAGAGAUAGAGAGAAAGAGACAGAGAGCGAGAGAGGAAAAGAGGGACUGAGAGAGAGAUCGUAGCCCGGCUCAGCAGCCGAUGAGAAGACCAGAGGACCGCGUGCCGGUCAGAGAAGAUUUCGGGUGUCCGACCCGCCCGGGGGACGGACGGACAGCAGGGGGACGGACGGACGGACGGCGAGGCGGGGGCGCGCGGACGCACGGGCCCAUGAGGAGGGACCCCCCCCCAAGCUCCAGUCCCGGGUGUCUGGUGCAGUGACCCCGCCCUACGGAGCAGGAGGAGGAGGAGGAGGAGGAGGGGGGUGUAGUUCGGCCAUGGCUCGCCCCCCGCCCCUCCGGCGGCUGGCCCUGUGGGGCCUGCUGUCCGUGCUGGUGGCCUGGUGCCCGCCGCGGCCCUGCGGGGCCUGCCCGCCGCGGUGCGACUGCGUGGCGCAGCUGAGGGCCGUGUCCUGCCAGCGGCGCCGGCUGACCGCCGUGCCCGAGGGCAUCCCCACGGAGACGCGGGUGCUGGACCUGAGCCGGAACCGGCUGCGCUGGGUGGAGCAGGGCGACCUGGCGCCCUACCCGCGCCUGGAGGAGGUGGACCUGAGCGAGAACGUCAUCAGCGCCCUGGAGCCCAACGCCUUCGCCGCGCUGCCGGGGCUGCGCGUCCUGCGCCUGCGCGCCAACCAGCUGAAGCUGGUGCCCGCCGGCGCCUUCGCCCGCCUGGGCAACCUGACCACGCUGGACCUGAGCGAGAACCGCAUCGUCAUACUUCUGGACUUCACCUUCCAGGACCUGCGCAGCCUGCGGCACCUGCACGUGGGCGACAACGACCUGGUGUACAUCUCGCACAAGGCCUUCAGCGGCCUGCUGGGCCUGGAGGAGCUCACCAUCGAGCGCUGCAACCUCACCGCCAUCUCGGGCCAGUCGCUGUCCUACCUGCGCAACCUGGUCACGCUGCGGCUGCGGCAGCUGGGCGUGACCGCGCUGGAGGACCAGAACUUCCGCAAGCUGGCCAGCCUGCGGGGGCUGGAGAUCGACGGCUGGCCCGACCUGGAGCACAUCUCCCCGCUCAGCUUCCAGGGCCUCAACCUGUCCUGGCUGUCCAUCACCAACACCAACAUCAGCGCGGUGCCGUCCGCGGCCUUCCGCGACCUGGCCCACCUGACCUCGCUCAACCUGUCGCACAACCCCAUCGCCGCGCUGGAGGCCUGGGCGUUCCGCGACCUGGUGCGUCUGCGCGAGCUGCGGCUGGUGGGCACGGGGCUGGCGCGGGUGGCGCCGCGGGCGCUGGGCGGCCUGCGGCAGAUCCGCGCGCUGGACGUGUCGGGCAACGCGCUGGCCACCCUGGAGGAGGGGGCCUUCCAGUCGGUGAACAGCCUGGAGACGCUGCGGCUGGACGGGAACCCGCUGGCCUGCGACUGCCGGCUGCUGUGGGUGCUCCUGCGCAGGCGCACACUCGAUUUCGGCGGCCGGACGCCCAUCUGCGCAGGCCCCGCCCAGCUGCGCGGCCACGCCCUCACCGCCUUCUCCGACGCGGCGCUCUUCGACCACUUCACCUGCCAGAAGCCCAAGAUACGCAACCGCAAACUGCAGCAGGUGACGGCGCGGGAGGGGCAGCCGGUGUCGUUCGCCUGCCGCGCGGAGGGCGACCCCACGCCCGCCAUCGUGUGGAUCUCGCCGCAGCGGCGGCGCAUCGCGGCGCGGGCCGGCGGCCGGGUGGCGGUCCUGCCCGGCGGCACGCUGGAGAUCCGCUACGCCCAGGUGACGGACAGCGGCACCUACAUCUGCAUCGCCAGCAACGCCGGCGGCAACGACACCUACUUCGCCACGCUGACGGUGCGCGGGGGCGCGCCCUCCGACGCCGCCCUGCUGGCCAACCGCUCGCUCUACGCCGCCGAGCUCAACGACACCGGCCUCAACGGCACCCGCGUCUUCCUCAAGUUCACCCUGGACCUCACCACCAUCCUGGUCUCCACGGCGAUGGGCUGCAUCACCUUCCUGGGCGUGGUGCUCUUCUGCUUCCUGCUGCUGUUCGUCUGGAGCCGGGGGCGGGGCCAGCGCAAGAACAACUUCACCGUGGAGUACUCCUUCCGCAAGACGGAGGGCCCGGCCGCGGCCAGCAGCGCCCCCGGCGGCACGCGCAAGUUCAACAUGAAGAUGAUAUGAAACCACGCAGCCAGGGGCUCCUCGGGGGUGGCAUGAGCACGACCCGACCGACCACAGCACGCAGCGGCCAAUCGCAAAGCAAACGCGGCGCGUAGACCUGCCCCGCCCCUCCCCCCUCAGCGCGGGAAGACAUAUAUACUAUUUAAAUAUAUGUAUAUAUGUAUAUUUGAUUUGCUUUGGGAGGGCGAAACACGAAAAAAAAACAAAACAAAUGUACCUUGAUCUCACUGACUUCCACUUCCAACGGUCAGCUUGUGGUAUAAAAAAAAAAAUUAACAAAACAAAAAGCUUAAAAUGAUUUAACGAAAAGCCUUCUGGGAUUAAUCAUGAUUAAGAUUAAACUGAAAAAAAAAAAAAAAUCCCAUUUAUAACGGUCGACACCGUGCUCUUCAGUUAUAGGUUGACCGACUGCCUGGUUGACGGCUGAUUGGUCGGCGGUCGGUUGGCAGGGUAACGAGAGCGCAGACCCGUCCUUGAGGGCGGAGUCAUGCCCUUCAGUCACAGUCAGGCGUCUCGUUUCUCCACCUUGUCGUUCUCUAGGAAUUUUUUACAAGAAAUACAGAACACAAGAGACUGGAGUGACACACGCUUAAUAAUUAAUAAUCGAAUUGUCCUAUAAAAGUCAAGCCAGUCUUCUAUGUUGAUUAACAGUGUGUGUAAUGCACACUGGAAUCUGUGAGGAGAAAAAAGCUGAACUAAUUCAGUCUGACGCCACAGCUGAAGUGGGCGCUGAAGUUUCUGAGACAAGGACUCUGUUAAAAAAAGAAUAAAAUUUAAAAUAAAAGAGAAUUUGGGCGAAAGAAUCUGCGAGAAAUAUCAGACCAGGAAACCAGCUGCUUUGGGCCAGAAGCGAAGCAUCGGCCGGGAGUGUGUGUGUGUGUGUGUGUGUGUGUGUGUGUGGUGUGUGUGUG